AUGGUCAUUGGACCUCAACCGAGAUGUGCCAUCCUCGCUCAGGAGCGCUACGUCAAGUUCCCCAAAGAAGGUGACAGCAUUGUUUGUUGCGGAAGGGUGGAAUUUCUCCGUCCUUAUCUGGCACGACUAGGGCUGUUCCCUCCUCGUCGCAACCCCGAGAGUGCUCCCAUACGCAUGGAAGAGCUUCGGGCUCUCGUUCGCAAAUGGAAUCUGCACCACAAGAGAAACUUUUGGAGGGAGAACCCCACAAAAGACGACGUCGUUGCUGCCUUGAACCACCAUAUCAAACACAUGAAGCUGGUACACGACCAUAUCGAGAAUAAAAAAGCAGAGAGAAGGGAAGCUGAUAGGAAGCGGCAGGUGCAGAACGCGAUUGGCGAGGGUGUGAGCUCUUCGAAGACUGCGAACUGCAUGAAGAAAAGGCCGCCGUUGGAGACGUCGUCCGAUACAUGCUUGUACAACGAGGGGGUAGCUCUUCCUCGACUUGAUAGACCCGCAGAUGUCAGUCUUCGGCCCGACUCUAUUGAGUCCGGAAUCAUAUACAUGUCUCGCUGGAGGCAGGACAACGGCAAGGGCGACAAGCUUGCAAGCGACAAGGGGGAACAGGAUGCCCUACAGGAGAAACUCGAACGGAUGAGCGUCUCUCCUCAACACGAUGAAGCAAAAGACGACGGAGAUGUUGAUGACCUACAAGCCGCCAAGGACGACAUGAACAAGAUGCAAGCGCAGCGAAAGUGUUGUUUGGCCCUUGUUAACAUGACCAUGCGAGAUCAGAUGAGCCAAGCCUUCUUGGAUGAGUACGGCCUGCUCCCGCCGCUUCUAGAGAUCACCCAUGCCAACCAGACUGUGGACGUGCUACUCAUGGGUCUCGCAUGUAUUUUGAACAUUCUGAGCGAAGAAUACAAGAUCAAUAAACUUGUCGAAGCCGGUCUCAUAGGUGUUGCUAGACCGCUCUCAGGCCACGAAGACGAGCGCGUCCAGCAACACGCCGCGGGAAUUUUUCUAGCGAUUUCAUCAUGUUCGGGCCUAGAGGAGUGGCUGGCCCUCCUGUUGCACUCCGGACUGUGGGAUAACCUUUAUCUUCUCUUCUUGGCCUUUUCCAUCGUCAAACAGGUCCAAGAUGGUGCGAUCCCCGCACUGAAUGCGCUUGCGAGGAGUGCAACGGUCCUCACCGCACAACUCGCUACUGGUGGUCUUGUGAACAUUGCGAUAACGUUGACAGCUGCUCAGGCGGAUUCCAUGCAGCGGGUGGUGAUGCGGACCGUUACGAACCUGUUGUCAGGCUCGUGCGAUUCCGAUGGCUUGCACUUUUGCGCGUUGGCAGCAAAAAAUCUGACAGUGCUAGACAACGUGCGGGCGUAUCUGGACGAUCAAGUGGCAGGAAUCGCCAUAGACAUUUUGGCGAGGCUCGGACCUGGCAGCGACGACACGGUCAUUCUUUGCACGGCUGCUAUUUUCAACUGUGCGGCACAGAAGCAAUCGCGUCUUCGAGCUACCGAGAAGAACUUAGUCGCUGAGUGCCAGAGACUUAUCAGCGUUUGCAAUUCCGAUGCGCAGCAUAGCUGUACGGUUCUACUGGCAGAGCUUUCCAAGCACACCGACGUCGCAAACCGGCUGUUGGACGGAGGAAUCUUGGAUAUAUUCUCGACGAAUCUCAGCGCUGCUGAUCCGCGAUCAGUUCUCUACCCGCGCGCACCGAAUAACCCUCAUUUCGCAGUCGCUAUAUCUGCGGCUGGUCUAAGUCACCUAGCGGCGGAUCCAGACAAUCACUGGCGUGUUCUCGAGUCCGGCAACAUGCUCACGAUGUUGCUUCAGGCACUUAUUCUUGAUCACGCCUUGGCACAGCGCCACGUUCUUCGCCUGCUAUGCGGCCUCGUGUCAAACGAAGCCACGCAAGCAGAAGUGGUGUCAGCCGGGGUUGUGCGGGCUGUGCAAGAGAUGAGCAACAGAGACAUGCAUGCGUCUGCGAUCAGUCUCAUCCUGUUCAACAUAUCUUGUAACCCCAGUCUCUCUGGCAGCUUGCUCGACGAAAGCCUGGCCGUGCCCAUGUUGGUGGAAUUGGUGAAGAAGCACAAUCUAUCCGUUCGGGCCGCAUGCCUCGGAGCUUUGAAAAAAUUGUCGUCGGUCACCGCUUUUCACCGACGACUGCUCGAGCGAGGCGUGUUGGAGGCAGUUGAUUCGUCGAAGGAUGUCGACGGAGGAGCUCUGAGUGCCCAAUGCGCUGCAAUUCUCUACAACUUUUCCCUUGAAGAGAAGAGUAUUUCCAAAAUGAUGGAGCUCGCAGGCAUCUUCCUGGUGACACAUUUGUCCUACUCAAACAUCAUUAAGACGAAACAGCUCUGUGCAGCUGCGUUCUGCAACGUGACGAUACACAGGGUAAUCACCGACGAAAGCUUCUUGACGGCGCUAUUGCUUCUAUCCACCUCAACGGAGGCCGUUCUAGUUCUGUGCUCUGCUAAGGCCUUGAGCAAUUUAUCGACGUACCCACGAGGACGGUCUUCUCUCGGAAGCAACAAGAACGUGGUGCCGGCCCUCAUUGCCAUGAUGCGUUCUGGAGUAAAGGACGCUGCCCACGUCCAGUUCUUGUCCGCCAUUGCCCUCUGCAACGUAUUGAGCGUCUUCCUCCAGAAAGAGAGCAUUGUCACAUUGGUGAGGGAUGGUAUGAUCCAAGAUCUCAUCGCCGUAACCGUGCUACGAGUGGAAGAAGUCAAAACGAAAGAGACGUUGGCGAGGGCGAUCUUCAAUCUCUUGGCGAGGGAAGAUACUCGGAGUCUCGUCGCAGAUCAGGCUGUAUUCGCAUUGGUUCGGCUAACCAGACUUCAGAGCCCGGAUCUCAAUACCAUAUGCGUGCGCGCGAUCUACAACUUGACGUGUGAGAUGUCGCGGUACGGAAGAAAGCUGCUCGAAAUGGAGGCGGAGCGAGUGUUGGUUGUCCAGGCGUCGUUUCCAAACGGAGGGGUUGAAGUAAAAAAGAUGUGCGGGGCCGCAUUGACUAUGAUGUCCUCUUCCGGGAAGGUCGCGAGCUGUUCUCUGGCGAAGAAAGGAAUCGUCGGUGCCCUUCGAGCCAUCAUGUGCGUCCGGGAUAAGGAUACUCUUGAGCACGUGGCGACAACCGCCUUCAACCUGAGCCGUGAGGAUUCCUGUCUACCGACCAUGGCCGCCCAGAACAUCACGACCGUGUUGGUUUCCCUACAUGAGUUGGGGAACACCAUUGUGAAGAACCUCUGCGUGGCAACCAUGUGCAAUUUUUCUUCUUCGCUUAAGGCACAGGAUAAUUUGGCCUCGCCGGCAGCAUUUGGAGUGCUGGCAAACACCGUACGCGCCGGCUCUUUAUCGCUUGCAACACGCUUAGACGCGCUUCGGACAGUGGUCAACCUUGUCACGCAUCACGCGCCAGCUCGAGAAAAAGCUGUGGAAUCGUCUACAACCUCUGCCCUCUGUGUCAUCCUCAAGGCCCUGGUUGAUGAGGAGGACAAGCUUCUGGUCAGCAAAGCGCUGCGAGACAUGUCGUCCUACGCUCAAGGGCACCCGCAAAUGAUGAAGGAAGAUGUUUUGCCGGCUUUGGUGCGCCUCGCCAAGGUCGAGAACGCCGAAAUUAAGCAAGACGUCGCAACAGCUUUGUGUCGGUUGUCGGCGUCGGUUGAGCUGGCAUUUGACAUGGUUGACGAGGGGCUACCGGAAGCACUGUAUUGGUUGACUCUGGAAGAUCUGUUGGGCCUCAACAAAUCUGUGUUUCUGCGUUGUAGUGUUGUGUGUUGCAACGUCGUCGUUUCUGACGAUGCGUUGAGGAGGGUCUCCGGCGAGAGUGCGCGUUUCUCCAAGGUGUUGCAGCGCCUGUCCGACACGAGGGAUUCCGAGCUCCUAUUGAACGUCGCGAUGGUUUGCCUAAGGAUCACCGGCUUGCGCGAGUCAAUGCUUGCGUUCCAUAAAGAUGGACUGGUUGCGCAUAUUCUGGGCCUCUCUGGAAGAGGCGACGAAGACGUGAAGCAAAUUUGUAGUACGGCGCUGAACCAAGUGCCUCCGGAUAUGGUGCAACUCGACGACAAGAUGGUGAACGUUCUUGUCUCGCUUCUAACGGCGUCUGGGAGCUCCAUAAUUGGAGAUUGUGGACAUACCGUUUCAGAGCCAUCCGUGCAUGACCUGAAGCCGUGGAGUUUGCGAUCUGCCUCUAUCGCUGAAAAUCCUGUCGAUGUUCAAUCGUCUUGGGUCAACUAUGUCUGCCAAGACUUCGAGGGGUACAUCCGCAUGACCAUGAUGUUGCAACGGGAUAGCCGCCGUUGACAAACUCCCCCGGUUACAUCACAUCUUUCAGUCACCGAUCAACUUCCU